UUCGAAACACCCUACGCCUGACUCGACAUGCCUCCGAACCCACUUACUCUCAAACAGCGACUGGCUGCGCUGUCCGCGAACAUCAACUCUCCAUCCCGCUCGAACUCUUUUGACUUGCCACCGGACUCGCCUGCGACGAGCAAACGCAAGUCCUUUUUCAAGCAACCGUUUGGAAAGUCCUCUGCUCUUGCAUCAGAUGCUACCCCGGGAGAGUAUCAAGGACAGGAGAGGAUACAGGAAAUUAUGAGUAGGCUAAUAUUCCAAGCCGGAGUGGACUAUGAAACACGACCUAUGAUUGUCAUGUGCGCAUCUGCCAUGCCUGACCCACGGGAGGUUUCCUAUGACCUGCUUCUUUCUCGUAUACUGUCGUACCUGGAUCUCUACGUCGAGUCCGAUUAUACGGUCGUUUUCCUUGCUGCUGGGAACCGGCAUUCACCAGGCUGGAACUGGGUAUGGAAGGCAUACCGCAGUCUUAGCCGGAAGUAUCGUAAAAAUCUGAAGCGUUUGUAUGUCGUACACUCUAAUUUCUUCACCAAGAUGCUCUUCUCUUUGGCUGGUGCCAUCAUUAGCCCUAAGUUUUUCCGCAAGAUAACUUAUAUCAAUACCCUUUCCGAGCUGGCAUACCACGUUCCUCUCACACAAAUAGAUAUACCCCCAGCAGUAUACCAAGAAAAUCUCAAGCAUGAGCGACAAAUCAAUCUCCCAGUCAUGACCCGAUCCGACCUGUUCGGCGUUCCCCUCGAGGAGCUCAUGGGAUUCGAUGGCGAGAAAGGAGGCCUCCCACGCGUGAUCAAAGACUGUAUACAUUACCUCCGGUCGACAGGUUUGCGGGACGAGGGCCUCUUCCGCCGGUCGCCGAAUUCCGUCCUUCUGAAGCAGGCUGCGCAGGCAUAUGAUCGAGGACACGUUGUAUCGCUGGAAACGUUCGGCGACGCACAUUUGGCCGCAGUGCUUCUGAAGAAGUAUUUGCACGAUUUACCAGAGCCCAUAUUCCCUGAGAGACUUUACUCAAUCAUACGGAAAUGCCCUGCACCGACAGACGAUCCCAACGACAUGUCGGCGAUUCUGUAUAUACGGGAAACAUUGCUGCCCGAGCUCCCUCCGUGCGCGUACAUUCUAUUAAGCAGUGUGCUCCACCUGUUGUACGAGGUGCAGCUGCGGUCUGAAUGGAAUCGCAUGGACGCGCACAACCUUACCGUCGUGAUCUGUCCCAACCUCGUUUCCAGUUCUAACCCGGUGCGAGACGUGAUGAUGUGCUCCAUCCCCAACGCGCCCACGCUCUUCGACGCAGCGCGCGCCGCCUCGAGCACAAACCUCGCAGCCCAGUCCCAAGGCGCCUCCUUGUCCAGUGCACCGCCAGCAUCUGUUGAGGGCAGGACGACGCUCGGCAUGGUCAUCAAGCUCUGCAUCCAACGGUACUACGAGGUCUUCGACGAGGUCCCGGACCGCAGCGAAGCGACCUCGCCAGGCGUCACCGACGGCCAAGAGGUCUUCCACCCACCAAAUCUCUUCGCGGACCUGAACUCGCCCGGCAGCCCGUCGCUGAACAACCGCGACAGCGCGCUGCUCGACGACGAGGACAUCGACGACGCGAUGCUCGUCAUGCCCCUCGGCCCCGCUAACCCGAACCCGAGCCGCUUCUCCGGCGGCGCGUCGGGCGCGAGCACGUUUCGGCCGCAACACCGCUCGCAGCAGCCGUCGAGGGACGCGACGGCGCGCUCGACGCACACGGCGUUCGGGAAUGGGGGCGGGAACGGGCCCCCGAGCGCGUACGCGACGCUGAACAAGGCGCGCUCGACGAUCUCGAUCGAGCGCGGGAACCCGUCGCGCAAGGGUUCGAUCGCGGUGGGCAGGGGGACGACGAGGGGGAAGAGCACGGGCUCGGGCGUGCAGGCGGUCGGGAUCACUGCGGAGGGGUUCUUCAGUGCGCCGGACGCGCCCCCGGUCCCGACGUUGCCAUCGCAGCUGCACGGCGGGAAAGGAGACGGAAACGGAAAUGGGGCGGCGAGCUAGUCGCUGUUGUCCGGUCGGGCUUUACUUGGAUAGUUAGUUGUUCGCCUGCUAGUCUAGCGUUGUUUCUGGGUAUACUCCGGUUUCUCUGCUGUAUCUCUUGGAUAGGUCGUGCCGCCUUCGCUCUCAUCACAUCGACUCUAUAGCUCCUCGUAUGCUCACAUUGACGCUCCCAAA